AUGGCUUCCAAAACUGCUCCAGGGCCCAACAAUCGCUCGUAUGGCGAAACGUGCGACACCAUCGAAGCGAGACAUAAGAGUAGCAAGAUUUCAGAAGCAAGUCCUCGCGAACGUCUCGAGAGCUGGGGCCUGGAAACCAUCACCUGUGAUCUCCUGAACAGAGAUGCUGUUGCCUCUUUGCUUGACGUCGCUAACAUUGUGUACAUCGCUGGCAAGAAGUUUCGUGUUGAUGAGGAUCUUAGUUUUGCAUGGGCAAUGAACACUCAUGUACCCGCCGUGGUGGCUGAACGCUUCAAAGCUUCGCGCAUGGUCGUCUUCUCGACGUUGUGCCUCUACUCUUUCGCUCCAAUAAGCGGCGGCGGAUGGGACGAAAGUGUCCAGCCAAGCCCUGCCGGCGACUACGCCAUGAGCUGUGUCGGCAGGAAGCGUAUGUUCUCUUAUUUCUCACGGCGCCAUAACACCCCAGGCCGAAUUAUUCGACGCCAUUAUGCCAUCGAUAUGCGGUAUGGUGUCCUCCAUGACAUCGCUCGGUGGGUGAAAACCGAGACUCCUAUACCGGUCGAGACGGCGUAUGCAUCAGUUAUCUGGCAGGCAGACAGCAACGCACAGAUACUCGGGGCGCUGGCCCACGUCACAGCACCAACCAGUCCACUCGAUGUUGGCGGAGCAGAGCAUAUGAGCGUGCGGAUGGCGGCACAUGAGUUCAGCCGUCGUUUCGGCAAGACCCCGAUCUUUGAAGGGACGGAAUCAGAGUAUGGAUGGUACAACAGCACGCUCGCCGCUCAACGCUUAUACGGCUACCCUGUCGUGUCUCUUGCCCGCAUGAUUGACUGGACGGCCGAUUGGGUUGGGAAAGACACGCCAACAAUCAACAAGCCAACACAUUAUGAAGAGCGUCGUGGUAACUUUUGA